UAUCAGUGCACCUAUAUUUCCCGUGAUCUUAGUGACGUGGAACUCAUUAUUUCAACUUCCUUUAAUAAAGCUGUACAAAUGCAAUUCAACAGCACUCUUGGAAAGUAUGUAGGGUUUACUGAGAUUGGAAUGAAAUGUGCACGCUUGUCGAACAAUAAACAAAUCUUGUCACAUUUAAGCAAUAUGGUACACAAAUGCAAACAUUAUGGAGAAAUUGGUUACCCAGCCAUUGUUAAUAAAUUGGUGCAACCCAAGAUCAAGCUUAGGCCAGUGAAACAGAAUGGCAGCAGCUCUCCUGCUGCAUUGGUGUGCAGUGCAUACGACUUCUACCCUGAACAGAUCAAAGUUUCCUGGCUGAGAGACGGUAAAGAGAUGACCACUGAUGUGGCGUCCAUCGAGGAGCUGGCUAAUGGGGACUGGUACUACCAGAUUCACUCCCACCUUGAAUAUACACCCAAAUCUGGAGAGAAGAUCUCCUGUAUGGUGGAGCAUGGUAGCUUCAAUAAACCUAUGAUCAUCGACUGGGAUGCCUCUAUCUCGGAGUCUGACGGGAAUAAAAUCUCUAUUGGAGCCUCUGGUCUGGUGCUGGACAUCACAGCAGCUGCUGGACUCAUGUACUACAAGAAAAAAUCAGCAGACUGA